AUGAGCACGGCCAUGACGCGCGCCGUUGGCACGUGGCGCUGGAUGGCUCCCGAGGUUAUCACCAGCAACCACUACGACGAGAAGAUCGAUUCGUUCUCUUUCGGCAUGCUGAUGUACGAGGUCCUCGCCCGCAAGGUGCCGUACGCGGACACGGUGCCCCCCACGAACACAGAUCCCCGCAUGGGCCUGACGAUCGUGAAGGGCUUGCGGCCCACAGUCUCCCUCGUUCAGCAGGGGUGCCCAGCCAGGACCGCCAAGUUGAUGGAGGCAUGUUGGGCCCAAGGCAGCAAAGACAGGCCCGAUUUCACAAUGGUGAGGCAGCAGCUCGAGAGCCAGCUGGAUCUUGUAGCACUGUAUGGCCAAGUGAAGAAUGACAUUGACUUGUGA